AUGGACGCACAGAACUUAGCGAAUGCACAGCAACCUGGACAACCAAACCCAGAGAAUAUUCCAAAUGAAGUUAGAAUACAAACUGCAAUGGCAAACUAUGGUCAAGUGCCAACAGAUGUACAAAUGCAAACUGCCAUGUCAAAUGACGCUGCGUUAGGUUUGCCACCAUGGUAUGCAAAUAUGAGAUGGAAAGAGUUUUAUACAAACCCUGAAGUGGGAUAUAAACAACUUUAUGCAGAUGACGCGAACACAGGAGUUGACCCAGAAUAUGUUUUCUACCAGAGGAGAA